AUGUUGUGUAAUUUAUAAAUUCAAAAUGAAGCUGUUACAAAUAAUUACUUCGAGUAUUUACCAAAUAAUUGCAUUGAUUUUCUUUAUUGCAUUUCUUUUGGGUGUGUUAAAUAUUCAUUUUAGCGACAAAAAGAAUUACUGCGAAAUGACUUACAUGUAUGAAUAUCCUCAAUUUGUGAAAAUAUCUUUGGAUGAAAAUAAAGAGUUUCCGCAAUAUGGUCUCUACGCUUACAGUGAGGGAAGAUACACCGAACGCGCAAGAAAAAUGUGGUUUGAUGGUGUACCGGUAUUAUAUUUGCCCGGUAACUCUGGGAGUCAUAUGCAAACUCGCUCUCUGGCCUCUGUAGCACUGAGAAUGGCGUUGUCUAGAGGAUAUGAAUUCCAUUUUGACUAUUUCACCAUAAGUUAUAAUGAAGAGUUAUCCGGUCUUUACGGAGGUGUACUACAAAGGCAGACCCAGUUUGCCGCGGCCUGCAUCUCCAAAAUACUGAGCCUCUACAAGCCUAACAAGUAUACGAAGUCUGUGCCUACAUCAGUCAUUGUGAUUGGUCAUUCGAUGGGAGGCCUCAUAGCCAAGCGUCUCCUCGCCUACCCGAGCACUAUUUCAGCAACAAAUAUCUCCAUCGCUCUAGCAGCACCUUUAGCAGCCCCCGCCAUCAACUUCGACUGGGACAUGGAUAGCUUCUAUUCAGCCAUGGAGACAGAGUGGGAGAGAUUGAACAGUGACAUGAGUGUGAGAGAGACGAAGAUGUUGAUUAGCUUUGGUAGUGGUGCGAGGGAUUUGUUGAUACCGGCUGGGUUGACAGCGAGUAAUGAUAGUGAUGUUAAUGCUUUGACAACAUCUAUCCCAGGCGUAUGGGUUUCCACAGAACACGUGACCAUAGUCUGGUGCCGACAGCUUAUUAUAACCAUCAAUAAGUUCCUGUUCUCUAUCGUGGACCCGGUGACUGAGCAACUAGUACCGGAUAAAAACGUGCAGAUGGCUCGGGCUAGACAGUAUUUUGUGGCUAACCGAUCGAUGUUUUUAAACCCUGACGUAGUACAGUCGAACGCAACGAUGUUGGCAGAUGCAUUCUGGUACGAGGACAAUAGGAGGAUAUACCAGAUAUCAAGGCCGGAGAUUGACAAAAUGACGUACCUGAUGAUAAGGCUAGUCAGCUUCCCACAGAACCGCUUUGUCGCCAUCGAAUCGGUUAAUUUGGACGACAAGGAUUGGAUAUUCGGAUGCAACGCGCAGUACGCGUAUAACUCUUAUAGAUAUUGCAAACAAGGCACUUCGCUGUCAGAGCUCAGUCGCUGGACGGGCGCGGACACCAACUUUGGCAAGCGGAAACUAGCCACAAUACAUCUCCACGAUCUGAUCAAGAAUCACCCUGAUUGGUCGCACGUCCUCGUCAAAGUAUCGCCUACUAGGAGACCGGUAACCCUAAACGUCGACAUAAACGACCACGCCUCCCGUCAGCUAACCGUCGACGUGCCCUCUCACUUCUCUUUCACCCGCACCAUUAUAAAGCAAGAGACAGAAGCUAACAGCCUCUACUACGAGUUAAUACUACCUGGUUUUAACGCUAUAUGGCAGGCUUACUUACUAUAUGUGGAACCCAUUGGAUGCAAAUCGGAAUACCACGUUUCUGCUGAGAUGCAAGUGCCUUGGGCAGAAAAUCAGGAAUACUACCAUUAUUUCACGCAUCUAAAGAAAUCUCCAAUGAAACUACGUUUAUACAAAACACAUCCAAAUGUGACUCGAGGGCAGGACACGACAGAUCACGUCAAAGUGGUGCUACUAUUGGACCCGCAGUGCAAGUAUACUAUUAGCAUCGCGUCCUCCUGGUACCACGUGCUAGCGCAGUCCGUCCGAGCCUUCGCCCCUGUACUAAUAACAUACGUCGGCGGCGCCGUCUUACUUAUAGCGAAGAGUGUGCUAAUGAGUCUACAUGGUGUGGGCACGUGUUUGUCUAUACACGGGGCGUUGAGGAGUGAUGAUUUGAAGCCUUACGCCCCGUUGGUGUUCGUCAGGGUUUUGAUUACUUUAUUAAUGGCCUUCCCCAUCAGCAGCUACCUCCUCGACAACGCGAGCGCCCACAACUUCGAGAUGCUCUACUUCAUCCGCUCCAUCAUGGUGCUGGCCGCGUACUUCGUGGCCCUAGGGCUCCUGAACGUGGCGGCCGCGGGCGUGCUGUUCCUGCUGGUGUCCUCCUCGCAGCUGGCGCAUAGAAUGCUGUUCAGGAUAUUAUGGAGAGGUGGCCAGGGGCUGGCUGAGAGGGUCGCUGUUGGGUUACAGAAGGUACCCAUGGUAGUGAGUGCAGCCCUCAUCACGCUAGCUCCUUUAUCUUGCGGUGCGGCCGCGCUCGUUGCUGGUGGCGCUUUCUACGCAUUUAUGAUAUCUAAAAUGUACGAAGAAUACUUAGAAGAUUAUUUCUACAAAUUAGCUGCCAAAUACGCGUCACGCUUCUGCCGCGCGUUUAGAAAAAAUAAAAAGAAAGAUAAGACAGAAUCGGAUAACUCUCUCGUCCCGAAAACAGAAACAGAAUCAGUUAUCGUUAAACCAGAUGAUUCUGCUAGUACUACUUUAGUACAACGUAAAACUAAUGAAAAAGAUAAAACAGAAGUUGAUAAAGUCGUGGUUAGUGACGAUAAAGGAAAGAGUGACGAUAAAGGAAAGAGUGACGAAACAGAAGAUAAUAAAGUAGCUUUAAUAACGAAUACAGAAGUAGAUAAAGAAUCUAGUGACAAAAAUGAUAAAGAAAAGAACGAAUGUCACAACGAUGUCGAAGAUGACGGCGAAUUGUUGUUGAGUGAUAUAAAUUUCCAUAUGAUGAUGUUCUUUUUGUGGGCGGUCGUGACUUUAGUUAAUGUGCCUGCGCUGUUGACAUGGGCGCGGAAUUUCAAAUACAGCAUGGUGCUCAAGCCAGACAAUUCAAGGUUCCCUGGAUUGAUUCUAUCCAUUUGCUCGACGUGCAUAUGGCAAAUGGACGGGCCGAGGAAAAACUUGAAAAACUACAAUUUCGUAGCAGGCGUAAUUUUCGUAGUGGCAGUAAUAGUUUUAACACUAGGACCACUAUCCCUAACCUACGUCAACUUUGGCGUAACGUUGGUAUUCGCACUCAUAACGGCACAGCAGCUGUUCGACACCGAAGAAAUCGACGAAGACUCCCAAGCCAGCCAAGACCCUUCACAAGACCCCGAAGUAAGUGACCAGACCUCGAACGAAGACUCGGACCAAGAAAAGACCGAAAGUAAGGAAGAAGAAUCUAGUGAAAGUGAAGAAAAAAACGAAUGUGAUCCUUGCAAUGAAAAUAGAAUAUACAAUGUGUUUAAGAAUCUUAGAGAUAAGUUUAGCUUUAGCGAGGAAUGAAGCAACGAGACUGAGUGUAGCUAUUUCGUUUAGUGACGUCAUAAUAGUGCGUACAUACCUAGCAAACGACGAACAUA